GUGGGUUGUUUUUAGGUUCUGAACAACAUUUUGCUCUCCUUCUAUUUUGUUUUUUGCAUGUUUGUUUAAGAAAAUCUUAUAGAAUUCUUUUGCUUCUUUAUUUUGUUCGUUCUUUUUCAAUUGUCGAUUUUGUUUGUCUUUACUUGAUAAAUCUUUAAUUAUAAUUUUUUGAUAAAUUUUGGAAAUUUCUAUAAGAAAGUUUUUCAGAACUUUAAAAUUUUUUUUUGAAGUUUUUUCAAAUGGAUUUUCAGUUUAUUGGAAUUUUAAAUAAAAAUUAAUAAAAAUGUCAUUCUCUGCUACAUCUUUUCCGGCUUUAAAUUUUGAUCAACCACUUAUUGAUUUUGUUCAGUUGGAUUCUUUGGUUGUAAUGAAGAUAGUUAAACAUGGUGAUAUCGAGUUCUAUGCGGGAAUGUCUAAAGUUGCUGGCGAAACUUGUCAAGGAAUUCUUACUGGAUUAAUCUCUAUAGAAGAAAAGGAGAAAAAGCUGGAAAUUACUAAUUGGUAUUUUAAUUUAAAAAUCUUUAAGUAA